AUGAGCACUUCCGGGGGCACUGAUUUAUGUUACCAUGUACACAUCUGUUACCAUGAUGAUGUUAGGGAUGUAAUGAGCACUUCCGGGGGCACUGAUUUAUGUUACCAUGUACUCAUCUGUUACCAUGAUGAUGUUAGGGAUGUAAUGAGCACUUCCGGGGGCACUGAUUUAUGUUACCAUGUACACAUCUGUUACCAUGAUGAUGUUAGGGAUGUAAUGAGCACUUCCGGGGGCACUGAUUUAUGUUACCAUGUACACAUCUGUUACCAUGAUGAUGUUAGGGAUGUAAUGAGCACUUCCGGGGGCACUGAUUUAUGUUACCAUGUACACAUCUGUUACCAUGAUGAUGUUAGGGAUGUAAUGAGCACUUCCGGGGGCACUGAUUUAUGUUACCAUGUACACAUCUGUUACCAUGAUGAUGUUAGGGAUGUAAUGAGCACUUCCGGGGGCACUGAUUUAUGUUACCAUGUACUCAUCUGUUACCAUGAUGAUGUUAGGGAUGUAAUGAGCACUUCCGGGGGCACUGAUUUAUGUUACCAUGUACACAUCUGUUACCAUGAUGAUGUUAGGGAUGUAAUGAGCACUUCCGGGGGCACUGAUUUAUGUUACCAUGUACACAUCUGUUACCAUGAUGAUGUUAGGGAUGUAAUGAGCACUUCCGGGGGCACUGAUUUAUGUUACCAUGUACACAUCUGUUACCAUGAUGAUGUUAGGGAUGUAAUGAGCACUUCCGGAGGUGCCAAUUUAUGUUACCAUGUACACAUCUGUUACCAUGAUGAUGUUAGGGAUGUAAUGAGCACUUCCGGAGGUGCCAAUUUAUGUUACCAUGUACACAUCUGUUACCAUGAUGAUGUUAGGGAUGUAAUGAGCACUUCCGGAGGUGCCAAUUUAUGUUACCAUGUACACAUCUGUUACCAUGAUGAUGUUAGGGAUGUAAUGAGCACUUCCGGAGGUGCCAAUUUAUGUUACCAUGUACACAUCUGUUACCAUGAUGAUGUUAGGGAUGUAAUGAGCACUUCCGGGGGCACUGAUUUAUGUUACCAUGUACACAUCUGUUACCAUGAUGAUGUUAGGGAUGUAAUGAGCACUUCCGGGGGCACUGAUUUAUGUUACCAUGUACACAUCUGUUACCAUGAUGAUGUUAGGGAUGUAAUGAGCACUUCCGGGGGCACUGAUUUAUGUUACCAUGUACACAUCUGUUACCAUGAUGAUGUUAGGGAUGUAAUGAGCACUUCCGGGGGCACUGAUUUAUGUUACCAUGUACUCAUCUGUUACCAUGAUGAUGUUAGGGAUGUAAUGAGCACUUCCGGAGGUGCCAAUUUAUGUUACCAUGUACACAUCUGUUACCAUGAUGAUGUUAGGGAUGUAAUGAGCACUUCCGGAGGUGCCAAUUUAUGUUACCAUGUACUCAUCUGUUACCAUGAUGAUGUUAGGGAUGUAAUGAGCACUUCCGGAGGUGCCAAUUUAUGUUACCAUGUACUCAUCUGUUACCAUGAUGAUGUUAGGGAUGUAAUGAGCACUUCCGGAGGCACUGAUUUAUGUUACCAUGUACUCAUCUGUUACCAUGAUGAUGUUAGGGAUGUAAUGAGCACUUCCGGGGGCACUGAUUUAUGUUACCAUGUACACAUCUGUUACCAUGAUGAUGUUAGGGAUGUAAUGAGCACUUCCGGGGGCACUGAUUUAUGUUACCAUGUACACAUCUGUUACCAUGAUGAUGUUAGGGAUGUAAUGAGCACUUCCGGGGGCACUGAUUUAUGUUACCAUGUACACAUCUGUUACCAUGAUGAUGUUAGGGAUGUAAUGAGCACUUCCGGAGGUGCCAAUUUAUGUUACCAUGUACACAUCUGUUACCAUGAUGAUGUUAGGGAUGUAAUGAGCACUUCCGGGGGCACUGAUUUAUGUUACCAUGUACACAUCUGUUACCAUGAUGAUGUUAGGGAUGUAAUGAGCACUUCCGGGGGCACUGAUUUAUGUUACCAUGUACUCAUCUGUUACCAUGAUGAUGUUAGGGAUGUAAUGAGCACUUCCGGGGGCACUGAUUUAUGUUACCAUGUACUCAUCUGUUACCAUGAUGAUGUUAGGGAUGUAAUGAGCACUUCCGGGGGCACUGAUUUAUGUUACCAUGUACUCAUCUGUUACCAUGAUGAUGUUAGGGAUGUAAUGAGCACUUCCGGGGGCACUGAUUUAUGUUACCAUGUACACAUCUGUUACCAUGAUGAUGUUAGGGAUGUAAUGAGCACUUCCGGGGGCACUGAUUUAUGUUACCAUGUACACAUCUGUUACCAUGAUGAUGUUAGGGAUGUAAUGAGCACUUCCGGGGGCACUGAUUUAUGUUACCAUGUACACAUCUGUUACCAUGAUGAUGUUAGGGAUGUAAUGAGCACUUCCGGAGGUGCCAAUUUAUGUUACCAUGUACACAUCUGUUACCAUGAUGAUGUUAGGGAUGUAAUGAGCACUUCCGGAGGUGCCAAUUUAUGUUACCAUGUACACAUCUGUUACCAUGAUGAUGUUAGGGAUGUAAUGAGCACUUCCGGAGGUGCCAAUUUAUGUUACCAUGUACACAUCUGUUACCAUGAUGAUGUUAGGGAUGUAAUGAGCACUUCCGGAGGUGCCAAUUUAUGUUACCAUGUACACAUCUGUUACCAUGAUGAUGUUAGGGAUGUAAUGAGCACUUCCGGAGGUGCCAAUUUAUGUUACCAUGUACACAUCUGUUACCAUGAUGAUGUUAGGGAUGUAAUGAGCACUUCCGGGGGCACUGAUUUAUGUUACCAUGUACACAUCUGUUACCAUGAUGAUGUUAGGGAUGUAAUGAGCACUUCCGGGGGCACUGAUUUAUGUUACCAUGUACACAUCUGUUACCAUGAUGAUGUUAGGGAUGUAAUGAGCACUUCCGGGGGCACUGAUUUAUGUUACCAUGUACACAUCUGUUACCAUGAUGAUGUUAGGGAUGUAAUGAGCACUUCCGGGGGCACUGAUUUAUGUUACCAUGUACUCAUCUGUUACCAUGAUGAUGUUAGGGAUGUAAUGAGCACUUCCGGAGGUGCCAAUUUAUGUUACCAUGUACUCAUCUGUUACCAUGAUGAUGUUAGGGAUGUAAUGAGCACUUCCGGAGGUGCCAAUUUAUGUUACCAUGUACUCAUCUGUUACCAUGAUGAUGUUAGGGAUGUAAUGAGCACUUCCGGAGGCACUGAUUUAUGUUACCAUGUACUCAUCUGUUACCAUGAUGAUGUUAGGGAUGUAAUGAGCACUUCCGGGGGCACUGAUUUAUGUUACCAUGUACACAUCUGUUACCAUGAUGAUGUUAGGGAUGUAAUGAGCACUUCCGGGGGCACUGAUUUAUGUUACCAUGUACACAUCUGUUACCAUGAUGAUGUUAGGGAUGUAAUGAGCACUUCCGGGGGCACUGAUUUAUGUUACCAUGUACACAUCUGUUACCAUGAUGAUGUUAGGGAUGUAAUGAGCACUUCCGGAGGUGCCAAUUUAUGUUACCAUGUACACAUCUGUUACCAUGAUGAUGUUAGGGAUGUAAUGAGCACUUCCGGGGGCACUGAUUUAUGUUACCAUGUACACAUCUGUUACCAUGAUGAUGUUAGGGAUGUAAUGAGCACUUCCGGGGGCACUGAUUUAUGUUACCAUGUACUCAUCUGUUACCAUGAUGAUGUUAGGGAUGUAAUGAGCACUUCCGGGGGCACUGAUUUAUGUUACCAUGUACUCAUCUGUUACCAUGAUGAUGUUAGGGAUGUAAUGAGCACUUCCGGGGGCACUGAUUUAUGUUACCAUGUACUCAUCUGUUACCAUGAUGAUGUUAGGGAUGUAAUGAGCACUUCCGGGGGCACUGAUUUAUGUUACCAUGUACUCAUCUGUUACCAUGUACAUGUGGAGGCCAUGAACUUGUUUGGGGUUUUCAAAGGUAAACAGUGUUAUUCCCUGUGUGUACACCGAGGGUUAGGUUAGGGUUAGUGUUACGGUUGGGCAGAAAGUGCUCACAACAUGCAAAGCACUUUUUGUAAUGCUCCAUGUUGCUUUCACUACUCAUGACCCCCACAGAUACAAUACUGACCCCCGCAGAUACAAUACUGACCCCCACAGAUACAAUACUGACCCCCACAGAUACAAUGCUGACCCCCACAGAUACAAUGCUGACCCCCACAGAUACAAUGCUGACCCCCACAGAUACAAUGCUGACCCCCACAGAUACAAUACUGACCCCCACAGAUAUAAUACUGAUCAGUGAUUAAAUAAAUCGACUAUACUUGUUGUAAGAGGCAACAGGAUCAGGUGGUCAGGCUUGCUGACUUUGUUGAUGCACGUCAUUGUAUUCCAAUUGCGUGGAUUGAAGUUCAUGAUGUCAGUCACUGGAUUUUCUGGUCCAGACUCGAUUAUUUACAGACCGCAGUCAUGUAGCUUGAAUAAACAACUCAUUGGUUGUCAGUGUGGUAGACACAGGUGUCCGGUGCUUCCUGGAUGAGAUGAGUUGUUGGAGAUGAAUGUACAGACUAGGAAAAUACUCACCAUGCUAUCCCAGACAACCACAACAUUGCUGAAGGCCAUAAGUUCAUUUGUAUUGGAAGACAGCCAUCAUGGGCAUUCCUGUCAGUGAAGUUAGAUUUCUCCACUUGACAAGUCAAUAUGUCAUCUUCAAUGCAAUGCCUACAUUUGUUAUUUUAACCAGCACUGCAUGUUUUUACACUGUUACCAUGGUGACAUCGUGAAUACAGUCUCUCUUCUGUUUUUAAUUUAUUAUGGAUUAUGUGUGGAAUUAUGUUCAGUGAGAAUGGUAUGCUGGAUGUUGUGAUGUCAGUGUAGUGUGUACGUCUUUGUUGGCUGGCUGGUUUCAUGUUGGAGCCCUUCUGUUUACAUAUGCAUAAUAUGUAUUGACGAAAUUGUUACCCAACUUGUUUGAACAUCGGAAUGAUUUUGUUUUUUAGAGUACCUCGGAAGUGUUGUAACUUUUUUUGGUAACAAUCAAAAAUCAACAGCUGUACUGUAUCACUGAAACUGGAGACUUCAUUACUAAAUCAGCAGUGACAGCCGUCGUGGAUGUCAGAGACUGUGUUUAGUGAGCGUGUAUUUCUGAUUCAUGUUCACCCACAUUGCUGUGAGAGCUUGUGAGUUUACUGGAGAUUAUCGUACAAUACAUGGUUCAGCCCCACAUGUGUUGAAUCAUAUUCACACCACGGUGGAAAUGUAACCAAUUUCACAUAGUUGUUUAGGCAUGUAAAAUUAAUCCUGUAAAACUUGAGUAAGAUCUAAAAUUUCAAAAAGGGAGGGUGAAAUGUAUGCUACACUGACAUGUGCCUCUUGGUUAUUUACAUAUGAAUUUGUGUUUGUAUAUUUAAAUACUGUUUGAUAAUAAUUGUUUCUUCUGUAUAAUAUGUAAAUAACAAUGGGAGAAAUAAUUAUUGCAAAGAAAUAUGUUGUUGAUCUUAAUAUAUAACUGUGUAUCAAAAAAUGGUGGAAUAAACACAAUUUGUCAUA